ACCACUGGAACGACCUUGGACGGUUUGUAUUACCUACAUCUCGAACGCGGGUGCUUCACAAAUCUUUUGACCACGCCAGUAACGUGACAUGGACGGCACCAAAGGAGUUCCAAAGGAAGGUGGUGACAUUUCAGACUCUGCAGAGCUGCAUGAAUCAAGAUCUGAAGACGCUAAAAUAAGUGCUCUUCACGAUUACCAUCUUUUACCUGCCCCGGUUAAACGACGUGUUCGUGCUCUGAAGAAGUUGCAGUAUGAGACACUGAAAAUUGAUUCGCAGUUUUAUAAGGAACUCUUUGAAUUGGAAGCUAAAUAUGACGUUCAGCACCAGCAAAUAUUUUCCAAAAGACGAGGUAUUGUCACCGGGGAUGUUGAACCGAAUGAUGAAGAGUGUGACUGGCCAUCUGAUGAUGAAGAUGUUGAUAAUCUCUCUGAGAACGUCAAAGAAAAAGUCACAGUAUCAAACGAGACAGAGGACAAAGCUCUUGAGGCGGAAAGCAAGGGAAUCCCAGACUUCUGGUUAAAAACACUGCAGAAUAUUUCUCUGUUUGAUGAAAUGGUUCAGGAACACGACCGUGACAUACUUAAUCACCUAGUGGACGUGAAAUGCGUCCUCAAUACAGGCGAGGAACCAGGAUUCACACUUGAAUUCUACUUUUCCCCAAACAAAUAUUUCACAAACACUAUCCUGACCAAACAAUACUAUUUCAAUUAUGAAAUCCCAAGUGAUGAUCCUUUCGGAUAUGAAGGACCAGAAAUUGUUCGUGCUAAAGGUUGUGUGAUAAACUGGAAUCCAGGGAAAAAUGUAACUGUGAAGUUGGUGAAGAAAGUUCAAAAACGAAAAUCUGGAGGCGCUAAAAGAACUGUAACGAAAAGUGUUCGGGAAGAUUCCUUCUUCAACUUCUUUACACCUCCUGCAGAAAGUCUAUCUGAUGAUUUGGAUGAGGACACAGAGUUAUUGCUGGAAUCAGAUUUCAAACUUGGUCAAUUUCUAAGAGAGAGUGUCAUCCCCAGAGCAGUACUUUAUUUCACUGGUGAAGCAGUCGAUUCAGAGUAUGAUGACGAUGACGACGACUUCGAUGAUGAAGAUAUAUCGGACGACGAUGAAGAUGAUGAUGAUGACGACGAAUUACCUUCAAGUUUCGGUCUAUCAGAAAAAAUAACUCAAUUAUAAUUCUUUGCACUCACGGUGUGAACUCCUGAGUAUAAAAGGUUGUUAUUAAGAAUUUAAGACAGUCGACCAUUGCUCAUGUAACAGCUUGAUUGAUCUCACUAUGCUUUUUAAUUGCGUCUUAGCUUUUUCUACUUUAACCUGCAUUUUGUCUUCUUUUGUAGGAUGAGAAAGAAAAUUCCCAUGUAAGUCUAAAUCAUUAUGUACUGUGUAUCCUCCACUUAAAUAUUAUCAUUGGUAGUUUUUUAAAAGAAGUAGGAUGGAUAAAGUCCACGAGUUAUCCUGCUGUAAUUAGCGUUACGAAUAGGGUUAUAUCCUUCAUUGAUGAGAGAAUCACUUUAAUCAAUAGGAAUAACAACGCCUAAUCUCAUGAAGUCCCUUGUAGUUAUGGCUCAUUCCGCGGUUCCUAUUGAUGAAGUGGGGUACUAACGACGACGACGCUGGUUCAAGUUACUAACAUCAUGAAUAGGAUGUAAGCAGUGGGAUAUCAUAUCAUUGGAUUUCAGUUUCGCGUUAUGCUUACUUAUUGGCUUGCAAACAUGCGAAUUAACGGUUUUGUUAGGAAAGCAACUUUUGCCUGGGAAGUUCAAAUGUCAAGUGUAUCCUGCCUCAACUAUUAUGCGAGAUAAUUGUUUUUAAUGCUUUACACUGGCUUAUUAUUGGCGAUUAAUAAAUACCUUUCCUCUGUUACUUUUCCAGUCACAUCCCGCUCGAGGAGGAAGACAUAACCGUGCUCCACACAGAUCAAAAGGUAACCGAAAUGCUGAAGAACGACCAGAAUGCGCCCAGCAAUAACUUAACGCUGUACCUGUCAGUAAUAUUCCAAACAAUUCUUAAAAAGAAUUUGUUGAGCUUUGGUGUUCAACAAUGCAUUUUAUCGCUCAUAAGAACUCUGAUUGCCUGUUUCAAAAAUAUAUGAUCAAUUAAGUGA